AUGGCAAGCCCCCAAUACCCGGUGUCUGUGCGCGCAGCGGCCCUGGUGCAGACCGGGAGGCUCCAGACGUUCGCCUUCUCCGUGCGCUGGUCCGACGGCGGCCAGACUUUCGUGCGCAGGAGCCGGGACGAGUUCAGGAGGCUCCACAGGACUCUUCAGGAGACCUUCCCGAUCGAGGCGGGCCUGCUGCGCAGAUCCGACCGCAUUCUCCCCACGCUUCCGGACGUGCCGCCGUUGGCGCGCGGGGCGCGCACGGGCCGCGGGCUGGCGCGCCUGAGGCUCCUGGAAGCCUAUGCCGGGACACUGCUGACGGCAGUGGAGCACGUAUCCCGGAGCCCGGCGCUCACCGGCUUCUUCGCGCCGCAACCCCUAGACCUGGAGCCCACACUGCCACCCGGCAGCCUGGUGAUUCUGCCCGUCCCGGAGGAGCCUCUGCCCGGCCCCGUGGGCAGGCUCGAUAUCCGCAGCCUGGAGGCCCAGAGCCUGCACUGCCUGCAGCCCUACCGCACCCAGGACACGCGGGGCCGACCCUUCCAUGUGCGGGCCCAGGAGCCCCUGGACGUGCUGCUGCGACACGCCUCCGGCUGGUGGCUGGUGGAGAACGAGGACAAGCAGAUGGCCUGGUUUCCCGCUCCCUACCUGGAGGAGGUGGCCCCGGGUCAGGUGCAGGAGGGGGACCCGCCGCGGGGGAGCAGCGGGGCGCAGUUCUGUGCUUCCCGCGCCUACAAGGGCUGCAGCGCUGACGAGCUGUCUGUGCCCGCGGGGGCGCGCGUGCGCGUGCUGGAGACGUCAGACCGCGGCUGGUGGCUGUGCAGGUACGGUAGCCGGGCCGGCCUCCUGCCAGCGGUGCUGCUGCGGCCCGACAGGCUGGGCGCGCUCCUGGGCGGGGCUGCCGGCAGGGAAGACAGCGCGGGCCGGGCCCGGGAGUCCCUCCCUGCCACGCGCCCAGCCGUGCCCGUCCGGCCUCCGCUGAGUGCCAUUCAGAGCCGCUGCAGCAGCGUCACCACCCACAGGGCACUAGGUUGGGACCCAGGAAGCCAGGGACUGGCUUGA